CAUGUGAACGCGCUUAUUACGGAAGCUCGCUUGGUAAACAGGAGGCGACGAAACGCGAAAGGGGGGGGGGUCGGCUUCAGCAGGAGACCGUGGCUGGACAAUGACUGACGUGGAAAGUGGAAAGGAGUGAGUAACGAACUUUUGGGGGAGAAGAUUGAGUCUUGAGAGCCAAAUCCAUCGCCUCUCUGUGUGUGAGCUGCUGCGGGUUCAGCACGAUGAAUCUGGACAAAGCAGAGCUGUGUGAUUCACUGCUAACCUGGUUGCAGACAUUUCAGGUCCCAUCAUGCAACAGCAAGCACGACCUGACAAGUGGAGUGGCCAUCGCACACGUGCUUCACAGAAUAGCCCCCCCAUGGUUUAAUGAGACGUGGCUGGGCCGGAUCAAGGAGGAGAGCGGAGCCAACUGGCGCCUCAAGGUCAGCAACUUGAAAAAGAUUCUUAAGGGCAUGAUGGAAUAUUAUCACGACGUGCUCGGUCAUCAGGUGUCAGAUGAGCACUUGCCAGACGUGAACCUUAUAGGAGAGAUGGGAGAUGUCACUGAACUGGGAAAGCUGGUACAACUCGUAUUGGCCUGCGCUGUCAGUUGUGAGAAGAAGCAAGAGCAAAUCCAGCAGAUAAUGACACUUGAGGAAUCGGUCCAGCAUGUCGUGAUGACAGCCAUUCAGGAGCUCUUAUCAAAGGAUCCUUCAUCGGACCCAGGAAGUCCAGAAACCUACGGGGACUUUGACUACCAGUCCAGGAAGUAUUAUUUUCUAAGUGAGGAGGCAGACGAGAAGGGGGACCUGAGCCAGCGCUGUCGAGACCUGCAGCAUCAGUUGUCGGUGGCUCUGGAGGAGAAGUCGUGCCUACAGGGGGAGACGCGCUCCCUGAAGGAGAAGCUGAGCCACUGCGACUCUCUGGACGUCUCCGCCACCGCCAUCACGGGCAAGAAGCUGCUGCUGCUGCAGAGUCAGAUGGAGCAGCUUCAGGAGGAGAACUACAGACUGGAGAACAGCCGAGAUGACGCGCGCGUGCGGGCAGAGGUCCUGGAGCGGGAGGUGACCGACCUGCAGCUGCGUAACGAAGAGCUGACCAGCCUGGCGCACGAGGCCCAGUCCCUCAAAGACGAGAUGGACAUUCUCAGGCACUCGUCUGACCGGGUGAACCAGCUGGAAGCGCUGGUGGAGACGUACAAGAGGAAGCUGGAGGAUCUGGGAGACCUGCGGAGGCAGGUGCGCCUCCUGGAGGAGCGCAACACCGUGUACAUGCAGCGCACCUGCGAGCUGGAGGAGGAGCUCCGCAGGGCCAACGCUGUCCGCAGUCAGCUGGACACCUACAAGAGACAGGCUCAUGAGCUCCACACCAAGCACUCGGCAGAGGCGAUGAAAGCUGAGAAAUGGCAGUUUGAGUACAAGAACCUUAACGACAAGUAUGACGCACUGCUGAAGGAGAAAGAACGUCUGAUCUCGGAGAGGGACACGCUUCGGGAGACAAACGAUGAGCUCCGGUGUGCACAAGUCCAACAGAGGUGUCUCAGCGGAUCUGGAGGCCUGUGUGACGACGAUGUCACAGUAGGAAACCUGGCUGCAGAGAUCAUGCCGACUGAGCUCAAGGAGACGGUGGUGCGUCUGCAGAGCGAAAACAAGAUGUUGUGCGUCCAGGAGGAGACCUACAGGCAGAAAGUAGUGGAGGUGCAGGCCGAGCUGGAGGAGGCCCAGCGCAGCAAGAACACCCUGGAAACUCAGAACAGAUUAAACCAGCAGCAGAUCUCAGAGCUGCGUUCUCAGAUCGAGGAGCUCCAGAAAACGCUCCAUGAGCAGGACAGCAAGACUGAGGAUGCCAUCUCCUCCUUACUGAAGAAAAAGCUUGAGGAGCAUCUGGAGAAGCUCCAUGAAGCCCACUCAGAUCUCCAAAAGAAAAGAGAGGUCAUUGACGACCUGGAGCCCAAAGUGGACGGCAACAUGGCAAAGAAGAUCGAUGAACUCCAGGAGAGCCUGCGGAAGAAGGACGAGGACAUGAAGCAGAUGGAGGAGCGAUACAAGCGCUAUGUGGAAAAAGCAAGAACGGUGAUCAAAACCCUGGAUCCCAAGCAGCAGCCGGUGCCUGCAACUCCUGACAUUCAGGCGCUGAAGAACCAGAUCACAGAGAAGGAGAGAAAAAUCCAGCACCUGGAGCAUGACUACGAGAAGAGCAGAACCCGACAUGACCAGGAGGAGAAACUCAUCAUUACUGCAUGGUACAACAUGGGGAUGGAGUUGCAUCAGAGAGUGUCUGGCGAGCGGCUGGGUCCCUCGAGCCAGGCCAUGUCCUUCCUCGCCCAGCAGCGCCAGUCCACCAACGCCAGGAGAGGCCUGACGCGACACCAUCCGAGAUGAGACGUCCCGCCGCCGGCAGAAGGACACACACAAAACGCUGAACGGACACACAGAGAGAGAGGGAAGACCAAGCGAUCCACAUUGGACUUCACAUGAACUCCCUGUGUCAUUGCCUUAAUGUCUUUCCCUGGACCCCUGGACCCCCCUGCACCUCAGAGAGACAUUUGUCAUGCUGCUGCUGCCCCCUGCUGGCUCUUAAUGGUACCAGAAUGUCUAUUUUCUCCGUGGAGCCCCAGAGCCGAGAGAUCCACUACUGUUAAACUCCGCUGUAGAUUAGAUCCAGAGGGAACUCACAGAAAACAGAAAUGAAUGGAGCAGAUGGAGUUGUCUCACCUUUUAAGGUGACUUUUCUUUUUUUUCCUCUUCCUCUUUUUAGCUGAUCGUGUUUCUUUAAGGUCUGUUUUUAAGUCUUUUUAAGUUAUACAAUAGGAUGUGAACUAGCUCUGCCAAGGCAAUAGUUUUAAUGUGGCAGACGAGAGAGAAGUUAUUAGGGCUUUUACAAUUACUACUGUAAGUGCUAGAGAAGAGAACAACACACAGGCUACGGGCAGAAAACAUCAUCACGUCCAGCCGUUGGUACGUCUCCUUGGUCUUCAUUUGUUUGGGAUUUUCUCAUUGGUUUUUGUUGUCUUGACCAUGUGUUUCGAGGUGAGUUUUUUUUUGUUUUAAUUUGAAGGCCCUCGAAAAGAUGUCAAGACCAUGAUGGUGCGUUUUAUAGCUUUAGUCUUUUUUUUUUUUUCUCCUUUUUAUGUAUUCACUUGAACAAUUUUCUCUAAACUUAAUAUUCACAAUAAGGAUUAGUUAAAAUGUUAACAAUAUAUACACCAAAGCACUUUUUUUUUUUUUUUUUGUCUAGAAGGGUGUGUUUCGUUAGAAGACUAAAAAUACUCCCUUGAUGGAUGAGAGUGAGGAUAGUCUCCCCUAAAGACUACGUCACACUGCAGGCUCAUUUUCACAUGUCGGGCGAUAAUGUGACUCCUGCAUAUUUUUCCUAAUGAUCUCUAAACAUGAAAUUGAUUAUUACUUAUGAUUUUUUUUUGUCUUCCUUCCAUUUUCUUCCCCUCUUUCCCAAAGAUUGAAACAGGGUAUUAGUCGUGGGUAGGACCUAAUUGCACUCACCACUUUAGAACCUAUGCUGAUGUAAAUGAAGGCAAUUAAUAGCCUCCUAGUUGAUCACAAAGACUGGAAAUAUAGGCAAGCAACACUCUGUAGUCGAAUCCAUCAUGAUAACAAAAAACACUAAUAAUAAUAUAAUAAUAAUAAUAAUGACUCGGUUAAAUGGCUGUUUACUGCUGCUAGACCUCAUUUACGGUUUAACUGAACUGGAAGGAAAUGUAUUCUCAUCAGUACGCUGGAAUUUUUUGUUGUCUGUAGACAGGAAGUGGAAGACGGGGGUUCAAGUUGAGCCUGUAAGACGUCUGCCUUUUUUCCUUGUCAACACAUGAUGUCAUUUUAGCCUUUCCCAUAUCAGAGAUCUACUGCUUUGUGACUUGGACUCCGUUCCUUGUGAAUGUUUGCGCUGUGGACUACAAAGACCAGAAUCCUGCUGUUGUGUUCACACUUUUUCUACUGAUUGUUUGAGUUGAUAUUUAUGGUGUUUUACGUCGUCAUCUCUGCUGCACAUUUGCAUGGUGUGAAGGGUCUAACUUUAAGGUUUGCAUCAUAUUCUGGUCUAGUAGGUUGUAGUGGACUUCACACAGGCAUCUGAGGCAAGUCCAAGAUCUGUAGUCCGGUCUGUUCUACAUUUGCACUACAAAUAAAUGGGAUCUGAAGAUAA